UUCAUUCUACUCACAUAAUGUAGACGAGUCCAGGCAGAGAGGACGCCGAGUGAUCAUUGUGUUUAUCGAGGAAAGUAUGUUCACAGUGCCGGUGCUACAGCUGAGAAAAGUUCAUCUGAGACACAAGACUUCAAGGAGAAAAUGUCGGAGCGAGCGGCUGAGGGGAUCAUUCAGCCGGGCAUGAUGCAGCGGGGUGGUUCAGACUUAUGUCUGGAGUUGGAGGCUGACGCGACUGUUCGAGAUGGAACGCGUCCUCGGCUGGGUCUGGACAGCCUGCAGCAGAAGAUCCUGAAGGUGACGGAACAGCUGCGUAUCGAACAGGCCUUGAGGGACGAGAACGUGGCAGAGUACCUGAAGCUCAUUGAUACCGCAGACAAGCAGCAAAGCAGUCGCAUCAAGCAUGUGUUUGAGAAGAAGAACCAGAAGUCUGCGCAGACCAUCGCACAGCUGCAACGAAAGCUCGAGCAGUACCACCGAAAGAUCAAGGAAUGUGACAUGGCCGCCUUGGCCAACGGAACCAAACAGACACAGACGCCUGGUAAAGAUGUUAAAGAAGCUAAAGAUGCAUCCAGGGACAGCCUAAAGGACUGCGCCAAGGAGGCAGGGGCCAGAAUUGCAAGUGGCCGAAAUCAACAGUUGGACAAGGUGAAGACUGUGGGUCCAGGAGUCUCACUCUCGCCACCGUUCUUCUUCAACAAGUCACGAGGCUUCGCCAGCCUCAUCCGCAACAAAUUCGGCAGCGCCGACAACAUCGCACACCUGAAGAGCACAAUGGAGACGGGAGGCGGGCUGAGAGCCGAGGGGGCAGGGCGAGCACUGAGCGGCAGCGCCACGCUAACGAGCAAGCCGAAGUAUCCGAGCGACGACGAGUGCUCGACAGGCACGUCGGCAUCAGCAGAGAGCAGUGGGCACGGCGGGCAGGCUGAGGGCGGACAGGUGGAGAGUGUGAGCAGACUGAACGAUGCUCUGGACGAGGUGAGGGAGCUCCGAGAGGCACAAGGUCACCUCACCGAGGACAUCGAAAGCCUGAGGAACCAGGCCAAACGUAAUUACGGCUUCAUCUCUCAGAUGUUGCAGGAAGAGCGCUACAGGUGUGAGCGGCUGGAGGAUCAGCUGAAUGACCUGACUGAGCUGCAUCAAAACGAGACCACUAACCUGAAGCAGGAGCUGGCCAGCAUCGAGGAGAAAGUAGCUUAUCAGGCCUACGAGCGAGCCCGUGACAUGCAGGAGGCAUUAGAGGCGUGUCAGACGAGGCUCAGUAAGUUGGAGUUGCAGCAGCAGCAGCAACAGUUGGUGCAGCUGGAGAGCACCGAUGCCAAAGUGCUCCUUGGAAAGUGCAUCAACAUCAUGCUGGCCAUCGCCACGGUGAUCCUGGUGUGCGUCUCUACAGCGGCCAAGUUCACUGCGCCGCUACUACGCAGCCGGUUGCACGUGCUCGCGACUUUGGCAUGCAUGUGUUUACUUGCACUCGGUUGGAGCCACUGGGAGCAUGUUCAGUGUGUGGUGGAGCAGAUUCUUCUGACAAGAUGAAGGAGGCUACGUGUGUGUGUGUGUGUGAAUGUGUGUGUGUUUUCAGACUGUGACUUGGGACACUGGAACACGGGUCAGGAGGAACUAUUUGGAUCUUGUGUCUUUUGUGUGUGUGUGUGUGUGUAUGUGUGUGUUUAUCUGCUCCAGGACUCUGCAGGAGGUGUUUCCAUCUCAGUAAUUGUACUGUAUUGUUCACUCUGGUUCAUGCAACAUGCAAAUGUGCAGGAAUUCACAGAAAUCCAAGGGAACCUGCUUUAUAAUGAGGUUAAUAUCCUUCCCGUUGACCACAAUAUGCAGUUCACAGUAGAAAUGAUUGGUUGUGUUCCAAUGUUUACUUUUACUUUGGCAGAAUUUCUAUACUGUUCAAUGUGAAGUGGGUAGAGCUAACCUGAGAUAAGGGUUAGAUAAGCUUUACUCUCACCAAUGACAAGCAGUCUAGGGAGAGAAAGCAAAAUGUAGCAAGCGGCAUCUACUGUGUUGAAUGUGUGAUGGAGUAGGGUGUUGGGUUGACGUCCAGAUCCUGAACAAAGAUGUGUAAUAAGCAUGUAUGUUCUAAGAAUACAGGAUAAGGUCAUACUCACUCUGACAGCUGUCUUAACAGCAAGUUAAACUGGUGUCUGAGCAGCACUUACAUUUGUGUGGAAUUUGUAAUAUUAAAGCUUAAUUUGUUAAGCUUUUCAAGUUCGACGUCAUAAAAGAUAUCCUUUGUUUUAUUAAUAUUUUAACACUAUUCCAUAGGAAUUGAAUAGUCAGGAUACGGUUAUGGUGCAUUGAGGGAUUUUUGUUUAUUUAAGUAAAUCACUCCUGGUGGUCGAAUCCUUCAAACUCUGUCAGUGAUCAAGUUUUGAACUGUUAUAAAGACCUGGUGUAAAUAUGUCCACCCGCACCUCGUGUGCUGACAGCGUUUGUUUCUUUCUGGACCGCUUUUCCUUUAGAGCAGGAAUAAACCAAAGCUCAGCAUGCACCAGCUCUCAUAAAUGCAGUGUGCUCCACUUCAACUGUGCAGACUGUGCAACUGUACUGUAUGUGUGUGUGUGUGUGUGUGUUUAAGCCUAGAAUUAAACAGUGGAAAGCUGAGCUGUAUAAUAGAAUAGAAUGAAAUGUAGGUCUUUUUAAACGAAGGUUUUAAGGACUAUUUUUAUACCUCUGUUCUCCAGAAUCUGUUCUGAUGAGUCUGUGAAUACACUGAUUACUGUCUCACAUGGUGUUUGUGUGUUUAUCGCCUUCUAUCUAUAAAAAGGUUUUACUGUCAUGUUAAACAUAGCUUCUUUCAGGUUUCUAGGACAAAAACAAAACUUUGAUUAUGUUUUAUUAUACAUUUUCUGUGAUGAACGACUGAUUACAAUCUAUCUAACCUCAGACCACCUUAGUCGGCUGGAGAACACUUCAUUAGGGUUGAAGCCAUAAUAAGCAAUAAUUCAGAAAGAAAACAGAAAAAGACACCAUUUCUUUCUUGAAUAUGACACUGGAGCUACCAGGCUAGCUAACAGGUAAUUAUCCAAGUAAUUAUUUCACCAUGUCUAAUUCUUCAGUAGUCACACAGUCAUGCUGAUGUGAUUUACUGUAGCCUAUAGUAACAUAAUGUGCUAUUUCUGAUCAUAACUGCCUUCAUCCAGCUUCACACUGAAUUCUCAUAUGGUUAGUCCUCAUUCUGGAUAAUAAGGGAAGUUAUAUUGUUGUUUACACAACCUCAGUUACAUAAGUAACCAGUGAUCUGUUUUAUUUAUACCGACCAAAUGCCAGAGGUGGUGAGAGAGGUGGCACUGUCACUAGACACGAAGCAGUGAAGAUUUAGAACCUCUAAACACUGUGUCUUAUCACUGUAGGAACUGGACAUCCAUGACGUUCACCAGCCAUUCAGCCCAGGGAAUGUCUGAACCCGGAAACUGCAUCCUUGAGGUGAUUAACGCCGCUGCAGUGAACACAUAACUGCUACAACUUCAGUUUCAGAGACCCAAAGUUGGCUGCAUGAGCAAAGGUCUUGCCACAUAGCUCAGUUUACCACUUAUACUAGGAAAAAGAGGCUUGGCGCAGUGAGCAGUGUGUGGUAUAAUGAGUGGAAAACCACCAUAGUCAGAGGAUCUGCCAAAUGUUGAUGAAUGUGAACUAUUCUGAGCAGAUAAUACACAUGACCCACACAUGACCUGGUGGAGAAUGAAUGAAGGCAAACACAACUUGCAGUGUUGCAAUAUAGAGGAAUUUAGCAGACUUGAUGUAGAAUACUAGGAGGAAAUAAUGCAGAGAAAGAACUUGAUCCAUUUUGGAUAAUGAACAAGGUCAUACUAAAUAUCAAAAGCACAGUAAGUGAAAGACUAGCAAUGCUAAACGAAACAAUAGUGGGAAAAGUUUGUAUUGUUUCAUUCACAAGUCAAACAAACAACCAGAAAAUCCUUCAUCAGAGUCACAAAUGGUGUUUUGUUGUUCAGUAGCCAUAUUGCUAAACCAGAAUGACUUUUUCCCUUAACAUCUUUCGCUAUAACAUGGACACUUGGGCCAUGGCUCCAAAAAAAAAAACAUUUAGAAUUGACUUUCACUGCUGUUGUAAAAGGUUGUUUGAGAUAAUCAUGGUUUAAGCAACAAACUGUUGAGACUCCAUUUGGAGAAAAACAACAAAAAGUGUGAUUUUUCCCCCCUCACAAUUUAGAUGAAGGUGCUGAGCUCAGAAUCAGCAGCUGUGUUAGCUGAGUUACCUCAGUGUUUCCUAGUCUCUCUGUAUGAAAUAAGACUUUGCACUUAUUUAGUCGUUUUUGGGGCUUCUUUGUCAUGAUUGUUGCACAAAAUGUCAAAGUGUUCCCCAGUCAGAAACAUUUGCUGAGGAGGUAUGGUGGCUUAGUGGUUAGCACAUUUGCCUUACGCCUCCAGCGUCCUGGGUACAAGUCUUGCUCCCACUCACUGUGUGUGUGUGGACUUUGCUCGCCAUACUUGGUGGAUUUCCUCCCACAGUCCAAAGACAUGUUUCUAGGCUGAUUGGAGUCGCUAAAGUGAAUGAGUGUGUGUCCUGUGAUGGGUUGGCACUCCAUCCAGGGUGUAUCCUGCCUUGAUGCCUGAUGAAGCUCUCUGCUGACCCCUUGUGCUCGUUGAGAUAAACGCACUCAGACAUGAAGAACACACUGGGUUGCCUGUCUAAAUCACUGAGAAGAAAUCAAAGUUAGUGCUAGAUUUGCAGUUUGUACUUCUGCUUCAUUGCCAUUAGGGGUUUUUGCCUGUAAAGCAAUCUAUGCUAAACAAAACGGUAAUGGUUGCUAUAUUCAAUUCUGUAGUGUUUUUUUUAGCUCACAAAUAUCAAAACAUAACAAAACCUUGAUCCAAGUUGUAAUGGAAAAUCUAACUUCAAAUGAGUAUCCAAUUAAAUAAGCUCAACGACAACUAAUGGUGAUGUCUUGGAAGAAACUAUACUUGCGAUGCCAUAAGCUUGCAAACUGGCUGGGAUUUAAAGGAGAAAAGGAAGAAGGAGGAGGUUUUGAGCUUCUCGAUUAUUAUUUUUUUUUUAGAUGCUUAAGAAAUAAAACUUCUGGCAUGUAUCCCGUUGCAUGUAAACAACACAUAUUGCCAACAAAAGACAGAUCCUUAUAAAUCCAAUUAUAAUUUCUGUUUUAAUAGUAAGGACAGUAAAAAUUCAGACAAGCUCAUCUUUAAAAUCUGUUCCAGUGGUCAUAUUUUGUUUUCCUGAAGAUUUUGUAAAUAUUGGAGACAUUUAUUUGUAAAAAUGUCAGUUAUCAGUUGCACACACAGUUAUAAAGCAGGAGACAGUCAGCUGGUGUGGGUGUGAUACAGCAGGAAACUGUAGUUAAAGCUACUACACUGUUUGUUUCUCUUUUAUAGUCUACUGCUGAAUGCACAUUUGAAGUAUUUCACCUUGUAGAGACAUUUUCUGAAUACAAAAAAACAUAAACAUUUGGACUCACAUGCCUGUAAAAUAUAAUUCUAGAUAUAGAACAUAUAAAAUUACACAAUUUUUCAGUGCCCUUUGAAGUACUGGACUAUUUGUUAGACAUUGUUAAUGUAUUAAAUGGUGGGCAGUUAGUAGCUUGUGUGGGUCAUCUAUGUAAGAAUGUAUUUAGUUUUUCUAAAAACAAAUGUUUUAUAUAUUUACGUCAUUUGGCAGCUUUGUUUUGGGCGCAUACAUGUAAAAAAAUAAUACUAUUAAAAUUAAGUGCUAUGGUUAAGCCAAUAAUGGGAAAAAAAAACCUACACUGAUUUUGCACCAUGACAAAUUACUACAUUACCCAAAUAUUAAAAUGUUUAUCGACUUGCUAUUAUAUAUAACUGUUGGGAAUUUCUCCCUUCUCUGGUAAAAAUGUUAAAUAUUUCAGCUUUAAUUACUAUAGCUUAUAUUCACAAUUGUGAAUAAAUCAGAUAAUGAUUGCCAAAAUGCUCAGCAAUCAAAUGUGCCAAAUAUAUCAGGGAUGAAAAUAACAAUAAAAUGGAUUUGGUAAAAGGCACAGGAAAUAAAAAACAAUUUUCUUAUAAAUGAACACCAAAGUGAAUUGAUUUCAUUAAUAUUUUUAAAUGAACCAUGUCUGAUGUUCAUCAUUCGUACCACAAAAUAACUGCUGAUUAUUUGUCCUUUUCGGUUUGUCUACAGUGUCUUGCAAAAUUAUUCAGACCCCUGACCCCUUCUCUCAUAUUACUGAAUUACAAAUGGUACACUUAAAUUACAUUCUGUUUGAUAUUUUUAUUCUUAAAGACCGAAACAAAAUCAUUUAUUGUAUGGUGACAUUUAUGUCGAGAAAUAUUUUUAUACAAAAAAAAGAAAAAGAAA